AGAGGUUUGAAUACAAAGACUUCAUAUCAGUCCGAUUUUUUUCUGCAAAAUCACGUGACACAUAACCUCUUGGCGCUCGCGCGCGCGGCGUCGCGCUUGCAGGAGGCGAGAGUGCCUCCAUGCCAUGCCAGGCUGCAGCCGCUCGGUGUGCGCGCACACACUCCUCCGCUGUCUCUCGGAGUCAGACCGGAUGAACGAUGCUUCUGUUAACUGUCUCAACUUUGCUCCUGACCUUCAGCUCAGGGCUGGCCCUUCAGAUCCAGUGCUACCAAUGUGAGGAGAUGACACACGACUGCUCCACGCCAGAGUUCAUCGUCAACUGCACAGUGAACGUACAGGACACGUGCCAGAAGGAGGUUCUAGUGAAGGACGACGGGAUGCACUACCGCAAGUCCUGCGCCUCAUCUGGAGCCUGUCUUAUCGCUUCCUCUGGCUACCAGCAGUUCUGUACGGGCAAGCUCAACUCCGUGUGCAUCACCUGCUGCAACACGCCGCUGUGUAACGGACCCCGCCAGAAGAAACGGCCUCAAUCGUCGUCUGCCAUCGCCGUAAACGCGCUGCAGCUCUCCACGUGUCCCGUCUUUGUUCUCCUGCUGCUGGCCUCGAUCCUGUGCUGACACACCUUUGUGCAGAGUCAAAAUAAGUGUUGAAAAGCUGAAAGACAUUUUGAGCCGGAACUCUGUAAGCUCAGACAGACUGGCUUUGAAAUGUAUACAUGUGGGGGAGCUUUAAGCAAUCUGUGCUGUUGAGUUUGAGACUUACAUUGAGUUACAUUAAAUAUAUAUAUAUACCAAUAACAUGAAAACCAUGGCCAUGGACUGUUUCAGGACAAUCGGCGGAGAGGAAAAGCUUUUACUUUGAAAUUUUGCUGGACACAUUAUCCUUUAUGACAUUUUUGGAGUUACAAAAUGGAGCCUUUUUUUAAUGAGUUAGUAAAAAAUGUCUUUACAGUUGUAUGAACUGACGAAACAUGAACAUAAUGGUUUGAGGUUUCACUAAAAUGCAUUGAAUGCAACAUUUAUCAUUAAAAAAGCAUUGCAGUGCCAUUCAUUCAGUUAUAAACUAGCUUUAUUUCUAAGAUUUGCACACAAAAAGAUGACAGCGUGGCCUCAUAUGUAAGACUAUUGUCAUUUUAUUUUCCUAGGGGGCUGAACAGUUUGAUAUGAAACCAAUUAGCUUGAAUCACAAGAUUCAGUUCUAACAAAAACAAAAAUAGGGAAAUGUCUCUGCAUCAAUACGGAGCAGAAUUGGCCCAACAUGAGAGUCCAAACCCCCGAGAACAGAGAGAUGAAGGACAAUCAAUCUGCAAGCAGCAAAGCAGCAUCUUUAUCUCAAUGAACUUGUCCAAGUUUUUGUCAUUUCUCAUGACCACAGAUGUUUAGGUUCCUCUGUGCCGAUUUGUUCAAAGACCUCAAAGUGUUCAGAGUUCCCCAAGUAAACAUAAUCAACAUUCCAUCAAUUUUCCUUAGCGGUUAAUUACUAAAAUGCUAAAUAAAAUGAAAUAAAUACUUAGAAACUCUGUUUGUAGAGGCUAAUAAUCAUUUUUAAAAUCAAAGUUUUUUAUUUUCUGAUUUUUUUUUUUUGUAAAGAUUCCCAUUGAAACUAAAGUGCAGAUUUUAAAAGCUCCACAGAGAUCCAGGUGAAUAGUUGUGGGCUGACUGUGAUUAAGGCGCACAUUAGCACUGACUCAUUUGAGCGUCUGGUACAUUUGGGGACCUUUUUCAGAAUUACUCAGCAAGCCCAUCGCCCUCUGUGGGAUCCAUCCGGGGUUCGCUUUGGCGACUGGCAAGAGGAUAAGCCAGUUUUCAAAGUGCCUUUGUUCAAUGACUGUUUUUUUUGUUGUUCUUUUUAAAAUGAAAAGAAUUAUCCACAUCAGAUAACUGGUGACAUAAAGUAAAAGUAACCAAAAAAGAAUUAUCAAAAAGAAAAAUCUUAUAAAUUUUUAUAAGAAUUUGAAAGAGUAAUUGAGAUCACAAAAUUAAAAUGAUUUGAUUUACAAAACUAAAUAAAUUUCAGUAGUGAAGUGUGAGUAUAAAGAGGCGGAUUCUUAUUUUACAAUAAAUAUAUUUACUUGAAGUUUUUUCUUAAUUAUAGGAGAUUUUGUGUAUUUGUGUGGAUUUCUAUGUUUAGACAUACCAUAAUGAUCACUUUUUUUCUAAGUUAGCUAAAAAUCAUUGUGCAGCUGUUCCUGCUAUACAGCUGCUGUUUUUAUAGUCAUUUCAAACAUACUUUAAGUGAACUUUUUUGGGUCAAAUGUUUUACUGUGAAUAGCAUUAGCAUCUCUGAAUCGGCCAGAUUUAUUUUUGAGUUUGUUAUAACCAUUUUUUGACCAUGUGACCUUCCUUCCAUCAAGCUUACAGUGUGCCUGAGAUGUGAAGAACAUUCCUAUUAGUGAUGCUCACUGUGCUCAUAAAGUCUAUUUGUGUGAUGUCCCUGUUUGUGAUGAAACAACUAAAGACUCAGUGGAUCAUAUGAGUUUUAUCCAUGUUUGGUUUUAUUGCAUUAAACUGUACAUCAUA